UAUGCGGGAGGGACAGGUUGGGGUUGGCACAGCUGUGUACCUCGGCGGGAUUUGGUUAUUUCAAGGCAUCCAGGACAUACAAUAAAAUCUCACACAGUGUACAUGAAGAACUAGUAUAUAUUCAACUUACAUGAGAUGGCGACAUCCCAGAAUGAGAAAGUGAUGGAAUUCCUCACCUGUGUGAUCUGCCAGGAACUGUACACAGACCCCUGUACACUGAGAUGUGAUCACACAUUCUGCAGGAAAUGUGUCACCAAGUACAUCCUGACCAGACCAGAUGCUGUACAGUCCAAGACGAUCCCCUGUGCCUUCUGUCGACAAGAUACCAAGGUCCCCAACCCCAGCAGGCCAGUGGAGGAGUGGGCGGGGCAGAUCAAACCCAGCAUCAUUAUACAGGGGCUGAUUGACACCCUCGGGGCUGAGGGUGAUGUACCAGAGACGUCAAAGACAUACUGCACGAUCUGUCAGCAACUAGGGGAACAACUCCAGGUGCCUUGUGGUGUCCUGAGUGUGAAGUGGCCCUCUGUGACAGAUGUGUGAAGACACACCGUGUGAGCCCUAUUUUACAGAACCAUGUCCUGUGUGACCUGUCAUCUAGGUCAAAGGGCAGACGGAGGGUCAAGUGUUCAGAGCACAAGAGUAACAAUGUCGAGUUCCACUGUAAAGACUGUCAGAAGCCUGCUUGUCAGACAUGCUGUAUCAUCUACCACAGAGCUUGUAAAACUGUCGUCACCAUUGAGUCUAUGAAGCCAGAGAUGAAGACAGUACUGCUGGAGAAGAGAUUUGGCAUGGGAAAGAGACUGAAGGUGAGGUCGAAGAAGGUAGAGAUGAAAAACGAGAAACUGCAAAAUAGUUCAAGAAUCACAGAGACAACUGUAAACAAUAUUAAAUCAAUCUGUCAAACAGCUAUAAACAAGAUUAAACAGAAAGAAACACAACUCAUGGAUGAACUGAAUCAAAUAACACAGACGUACGCCGGCCAACUCCGCACUGGUGUGAAGCUUGACGAGAUUGAGAUGCAGAUGUACAGACAACAUUGUGAGUUCAUUGACCAGGCCUUGGUAUCGGACUGUGAGAUGGACCUGUAUGACGCGUAUCAGGCCUGGGAGUCGGGGGCUGUAGAGUUGGGGGAUGUCAGGGACACAGACACAGCAGACACACGGAGAAUAGAUGACGUCAGGUUUACACCUGACACUGACAACGUCCAGCACAUCCUAGAUGACCUACAGCUGGGGAAGAUUGACGUCACAUACCAGGAUCAGGGCACAUGUCUGCCGUCUCCAGUGCUAGUUGGCGUGAUAGAUGGGAAGAUGGCGGGUGAUAAAGUGGAGCCUGAUCUACGUGGCGUCACAGUCCUGGUUGUAGAUGGUAUACAGACAGUUGUAGUCACUGACUGGGUUAACAAGUGUGUGAAAUCUUUGUACACUAGAAACAAUCAACUGUGUCAAAGUAGACUUCCCCUGGAUUUCUCUCCCCAUGGUGUAACACAGUUGGAGGAGAAGCAGGUGAUGGUUGCUGUCCCUGACUCCAGUCAGAUUGUAACAGUAGAAGUGACCCCUGACCUGGUGCUGCUCUCAACCACCACAACAGGCAAGGAGUACUACAGUCUCGCUGUUCUGAGUCCUUCAUCUCUUGCAGCAGGUGGUCCAGAUUGUGUUGGUAACGGCAUUGUUGACAUCCUGGACAUGGCGGGACACGUGCUGAGGUCAGUCACUGAACACAACGAUGAGACACAGUUUGACUACCCCUACAACAUGUGUGUCAACAACAAGGGCAACAUACUCGUGUCUGACUGGUGGAAUGGGUCUGUGGCAUGUGUGACGUCAGAGGGGCAUGGUGUUUGGAGAUACGUCCCUACCGGAGACAGAGCACUCAGCCACCCUUAUGGUAUCUCAACUACAGGCACAGGAUGCAUCCUGCUUGUAGACAAGAACACCACCAAGGUGAUACAGCUGACAGAGUCGGGGGAGUAUGUCAGGGAUGUUCUAAUUUCAAAAGACAUACGAUAUAUAUCCUGUGAUAAAUACGGAUUCCUUUUUCUGUGUACAAACACAGAAGUGAAAGAGUAUAUGUUAGUCUGAUAGGAAACAAAAACUGAAGGUUUAUUCCAGUGAUGUGCAUGGGGUUACUCUUGAAAUAUUCAUGUGAAAAUGGUGUGGAGAAAAUAGAUCCAGUCAAUGUAUAGAACACUUAGUGUCAAAUAAAGUCUUCACCAAAACCUAGGGUGCCACUCUUUCACUCAUUUGGUCACAAAAUGAAUAACAUUACUUAACAUUGCCCAUACAAUUUAAACACAAUGAUAUGCCAGAGUGAAAGUGGAUAUGAGUGAAAGUGAAAAUGGUGAAAGAGUGAGCCGUUAUAUUUUUACGACGUUUUCGGCAAUGACAUAGCCAUGGAAUGGACUUUACAUGCUCCCUGGUCCCAGUGUAGAAAAAACAACGGCAGGGGCUAUUUUGUGGGACAGUUUUUAAUUUGAUCAUAAUCAACAGCAAUUUGUUGAAAUCUAAAAUACGUACGAUAGCUUUUGUCUGUACGUGGAUUCAACAUUCUCCUCAAGAUCUAUUUUGUUCCAUGAUGAAAUCCGCAGUUUGAACUAAAACCCACACACCAUGAUUGUGACAAGAAAUCUACGAAAACGUUUUUGUUGAUUUGGUAAGUAAUCAGUGAUGACAAACAUCAUUGUAACUUUGCCCACACAAUGCAGAAAUAUUCUGAUCUGGAAUGUUAAUACUUGGUAAGCAUUAAGCUCUUCAAUACUUAUGCCAAUUUUUCAUUAUGAAAUGGACCAAAUUUCC